AUAUAUGAACCACAAAUACCUGAACACCCCUCCCCGCUCAGAUUCUUGCUGGGUGUCACAUUUCUGUGACCAGGUGGCUGGAAUUUGAGAUCAUGCCGUUGCGUCUGCUUGAGCUGAUUGGCUACUCUAUGUGAAUGAGUGAUAAAAUGUCAUUACAUGUGGCACAAUGACAGCAUCUGAAAACACUGUGCUGACCACUGUUGCCAUGAGGCUUGUGCACAGCCUCACAGAGAGUACAGCACAGGGACAGUAUGUGACCGACGACGAGCCUCCCCCACCGAGACCAUUAAAGAUGUGGUCAUCGAUACGCAAAGAGUUUUAGAUCAGUGGUCAGGGUGGCAUAUCCACUGACAGGCACGUUAUUACUCAUCAGCCACAGUUCCGCAGAUUGUGUUUCAAGUGUUAGGAAGCUCCCGAGUCACCCUCGAGGCGUUUGUGUCACUGGUGCGUGUGGGUCCAUCUGUCUGCCAUCAGUGGAGAGGCAGCCUACCUACUGAGCAAGAAGAGCGAGGACACAGAGACCUGGACCUGGUCCUUCUUGCAUGAGGAGUGUGAAGCGGUGAACACUGACUGCCAAAAGAUGUCACACCAAACCGGAAUUAACGCAACAUCUGAGCUGAAAGAGUUUCUGGCCCGAGCGAGGGGAGGUGCCAUCAGAAUAAUGAAGAUCAUCAUCAGAAAUGAGGAGUUGGUGCUAGAUUCCUGCAGAGAGCCGGCACAGAGCUGGGACAAGGAUUACGAUCACUUCCUGCUUCCUCUGCUCACACCUCAGGAGCCCUGCUACAUCCUCUAUCGUCUGGACUCCCAGAAUGCACAGGGAUACGAGUGGAUCUUCAUCGCUUGGUCACCUGACCAGUCACCAGUGAGGCAGAAGAUGGUCUAUGCAGCGACUCGUGCCACACUGAAGAAAGAGUUUGGGGGAGGUCACAUCAAAGAUGAAAUGUUUGGGACAGUCGAGGAUGACCUUUGCUUCCAGGGAUACCUGCGACACAACUCCUCCUGCUCCUCCCCAGCUCCUCUUACAGCAGCUGAGCAGGAGCUACAACGAAUUAAAGUCACAGAGGAUAAAGUUGUAUGGGAUGAACGCAGACGAAUUGGGACUCCAACAGCACGAGCGAGGGUCACAAUGGAGUUUGGCUUAGACAAAAGGGCACAGACUCUUCAGGGUCUUGCGUUCCCUUUACAAGAAGAGGCCAAACGAGCUCUGCAGCAACUCAAGCAGAAACGCAUCAACUAUAUACAGCUGAGGCUGGAUGUGGAGAAAGAGACCAUUGAGCUGGUUCACACCAAACCUACAGAAACCCACGAGCUUCCUUACAGGAUUCCCACGGAUUCGCCCAGAUACCACUUAUUCAUCUUUAAACAUUCCCAUCAGGGCCAGCUGCAGGAGGCGCUGGUGUUCAUAUAUUCGAUGCCUGGCUACACCUGCAGUAUCAAGGAGCGGAUGCUGUACUCCAGCUGUAAGAACAGGCUACUGGAUGAGGUGGAGAAAGACUACCAGCUGGAGGUCACCAAAAAGAUGGAAAUAGACAGCGGUGAUGGUCUGACAGAAGACUUCCUGUAUGAGGAGGUCCACCCGAUGGAGCACACCUUAAAGCAGGCCUUUGCCAAGCCCCGCGGACCAGGAGGGAAGAGGGGCAACAAACGCCUCAUCAAGGGUGCGGGGGAGAACGGGGAGGAAAAUUAGACACCACACACACUCAAAAUGCACAAGCAAACUGACACAGUAUCUAAGAAUUGACUUGUUAUUUGACUAUUUAGCUUCUAGCCAUUGCGUCGUCAUUUUACUUGCACACAUACCUUUCCCACUGAAAAUGAGAAUCCACCGUAAAGCAGAACAAGUUCAAAUGUAAAGUUUCGAGAUCUGACCAGUUUUACAAAAGUGUUGCAUCAUCUUGCAGAUAUAAAUUCGCGACACCCAAGUUUUGGUCCCCCUCAAAACGAAUUUAACUUCUAGUAGAGAUCUUAUUGUUUCAAAAGACACCAGAUACACACGUGGACA